GCCAAUGAACACACCUCAAAACGCAGCAACGCGCACACGUCGUCACCGGAGUUCACAAGUUUUUUUUGGGGAGACCUGACAGGAGCGGGAAUAAAUCAUCAUCAGAUUCAGAAGAGCGUGUUUGUCUUGACUUGUUGGACUUUUACUCUCCCCCCCCCCCCCACCCCACAUACUUGUCGUGAUAGUUUCUGAUGUUGGGACACUGUUGACAAGACGAAUUGAUGCUCGUUCUCUGCUGACUCUUGACAUUUGUUGAGACUGUUUCAAUAAACAGCCGGUAAGCUUACUCUCCCGACUUUAUGUCCACAAAGAUGGAACAGCCUUUUUAUCAUGAUGACUCCUUUCUGUCGGCUUACGGCCACUCAGACGCCGCCAUGCACGACUACAAGCUGCUAAAGCAGAAUAUGAAUUUGAACUUGACAGAGCCCUAUCGCAACCUGAAAUCCCACCUGAGGGCCGACACGGACCCGUACCACGGGGGGCAACAGGACGUCGGGACCCUGAAGCUCGCGUCUCCGGAGCUCGAGAGGCUCAUCAUCCAAAACAGUAACGGUGUCAUCACCACUCCGACCCCGGGGCAAUACUUCUACAAUCGGGGCAUCACCGAUGAGCAGGAGGGCUUCGCCGAGGGCUUCGUAAAAGCCCUGGACGAGCUGCACAAGAUGAACCACAUGCCUCAUUCGGCGUCCUCCAUCGGCGGCAGCGGAGUUACCACGUGCUCGCCAGCGGCCCCCAGCGUGUUCGGCUCGGGACUGCAACCCGAACCUCCCAUCUACACAACGUUGAACGCGUACUGCCCGAACACCGGCCUCUCUUCGUCCGCCUCCAGCUACCCCACAGCGACCAUCAGCUACCUGCCGCACCAGCAGAACCACGCGCAGAACUCCGCGCACGCCGCUUUCCAGAACCCCCACCCGGGUUCUGGACUUCAUCCGCAGCGGCUCGUCGCUCUCAAAGAGGAGCCACAAACCGUCCCGGAUCUCCUCAGCAGCGACGGCUCGCCUCCCAUGUCUCCUAUCGAUCUGGAGACCCAGGAGAGAAUCAAGGCGGAGCGCAAGAGGCUGAGGAACCGACUAGCGGCCACCAAGUGCCGGCGGCGCAAACUGGAGCGCAUCGCCCGCCUGGAGGAGAAGGUGAAAGGUCUGAAGAGCGACAACGCGGGCCUGUCCAACACAGCCUCGGUGCUCCGGGACCAGGUGGCCCAUCUCAAACAGAAGGUCCUGACCCAUGUGAGCAGCGGCUGUCAGCUGAUGCUCACAAGCAAGAUGGAAGCAUUUUAGACAAAGAGACUACUACUAAGUAAAUAAAUAAAUAAAUAAAUAUUGUUUUUUUAAAAGUUGACUUUAAGGUGAUAACACUGGAGUCAUGUUGUGCAUAUAGCGCCACAACAACACGAGGCAGGGGGCCUUUGUAGACUUGGUGUGUCUAUACUGUGCAAAAGACUGAUUGAAAUGGUACUUCCGGAUGCUGGACACCCCUCAAAGAACCAUUCAACACACUUCAUCAGUGAAACAUUCCAAUUGGGCAAACACUGAGAGAAGACGCACUUAUUCUGGUUUACUAAAUGACAGAAAGCGGUUAUCAUGUCUUUGUAAAUAUCGUGUAAAUUAUUGUUGUUUGUCCCGGUUGAUCCAGGCAAACUAACCGUGUCCAAUGUUUACAAUGUCCCUUUUUUUUUAAUGUUUUUUUUUAAAUGUGUGAUGUGUAUUUAAGUAAACCGUCUCAAAAACA